GUGGAUCAAGUGUUCCGGUCGAGAUGCUCUACCUGGUCGGUCUGGGUCUCGGGGACGCCCUCGACAUCACCGUGAAAGGAUUGCAGGUGGUCCGGAAGUGCUCCCGGGUCUACUUGGAGGCCUACACGUCCAUGUUGACUGUGGGCAAGGACGCACUGGAGGAGUUCUACGGCAAGGAAGUGGUCCUGGCCGACCGGGAACUGGUGGAGCAGGAAGCCGAGCGGAUCCUGGAGCACGCCAAGGACGCCGACGUUGCCUUCCUGGUGGCGGGCGACCCCUUUGGGGCGACCACUCACAGCGACCUGGCGCUGAGGGCCGUGCGCGCCGGGAUCCCGUACCGGGUGGUCCACAACGCGUCCGUCAUCACCGCCGUCGGCUGCUGCGGCCUGCAGCUGUACAACUUUGGCGAGACGGUGUCCCUGGUGUACUGGACGGACUCGUGGAGACCAGAGAGCUUCUACGACAAAAUCCUGCAGAACCGAGCUGCCGGUCUGCACACGCUCUGUUUGCUGGACAUUAAAGUGAAAGAGCAGUCGCUGGAGAACUUGAUGAGGGGCAAGAAGGUCUACGAACCUCCGCGCUUCAUGAGCGCGGCCCAGGCGGCCGACCAGCUGCUCCAAAUCGUCUGCAGGAGGCGGGACCAGGGGGAGGAGCCUGGUCUGACGGAGGACACGCUGUGCGUGGGCGCGGCCAGACUGGGGGCCGCCGACCAGAAGAUCGUCACGGCGACGUUGGCUCAAAUGACCUCGUGCGACCUCGGCGCGCCUCUCCACUCGCUGGUCGUCACCGGCAGGCUCCACCCCCUGGAGGCGGACAUGUUGCGGCUGCACGCGCCAGAUGACGCCCUUGCGCACCUCCGCCUCCUUGACGGCUCCUAAUGUGCGCACGCCAGCACCUGGGUGGCAUUGACACGCACGCACGCACGGGCUCUAACACGAACGGCGUCCGACGGCCGGGCCGGCCGCGUUUGGGGCUGCCACGUACCUCACGCAAGGUGGCUCAACUGGACCAGCGCAAAUGUCCUCAAUAAAUUCAAGGAAAUCAA